AUUCAUUUUCUAUCAUUGAAGCCUUGCCAUGGAGUGGCGGUAUGGGCGACUCGUAGCAUACCAUGCGGAACCUGUUCCGCAAAAUGCGCAUCCUGGGUGGUGGUCGCCUGGGCCUUUUGUUGCGCCUCCUGCGACAUUUGGGCAGCCUUCUGCAUUUCCACCGCAGCAAACACUGGCAUUUUCAGGAUGCCGUGCCGCAGGAAAGCCAGCACGGGAACGACAACUUGACGAAACGUAUUGUUUAGUUGGUGAGGACGGACGGCCCAAACCCUUCUCAAGUGUCAGUCAGAUCAGCGGUGGAGACUAUGAAGGUAUGAUAUCCCGCAUUUUUGAAUGUGGUGGUCCUCGGAUGCUCCUUAAGAUCGAACCUCAAGACCCAAAGGAGCGGCAGCGUUUGGAGACAUGCAGGGAGACUGUUGCGCGCUUUCUGCAAGAAACAGUCUCCGACCACAUUGGGGACGGAAUGAGAUCAAGGGGUGUCGGGGAGGAGGAAGCUGAAGUCGACGCAUUCUACGAUGGUUCUUUCGAGAACUUUGCUGCAAAGAUCCAGGGGCUAAGCGAAGUCAAGGUCAGUGCUACGUGCGCAAACGUUCAGAGAGUGCUUGUGGAAAUCUGUUCCGACAGCCGCUAUGUUGCAAUGAAGCUUUAUCAGAUUGAGAUCCAGAGCUGCCUUGUUGCACGCAAGGGAUUCUUAGCACGUGACGAUGCAGGACAAUUGGAGCCAGUUAAGCUUCAGCCGGAUACCACAGGCUUUGCAAUCGUUUUCAACCGAGCAGCAUUGCAAGUCGAUACAGAAUCGCUGGCUGAUCGACUUGGCCUUCAAAAUGUGUUGGGCUUGCUCAAGAACAAGAUGCUGCACGUUGUCUACUUUCAAUCAGAGGCUGCACUGCCUGCAGCAAUGAAAAUGGCCAGCAAGGCAAUGUCAAAGGCGGAAAUGGCGCUACAACUGGCGCAAGGCAGUGCCGCCCUGCAACGACCCCCAGCAGUGUGGGUCUGUCAGCUGGGAAGCCCUGACGGCAAGAACUUCGAGGUCAUUGGCAACCCCUUUCAAGUUAAGGAAGUUUCGGCAAACGUGGAUGAUCUUAAAGAGGGGAUAAAGAACAAGGCGGAGCUCUCGAUUCCAUCGUUCAAGAUCGACGUUUACAGCCGGAAGGACGGCGGCUGGGUGAAAGAAGAUAAGAUGUCAGCAAGUCUGCGCGAGACAGAUGAGGCAGACUGCUAUGGAUUCACCAUUCCAGCUGGAGCUGCUGGAGCCGCAUAGUUUGAGGCUACUGCUGGCUGUGGUCACUGUUCUCGGCUGAGGCAAUGCUGGCGCACAACGUUUCACCUCGUACAGUGACAAAAGCAUGCGUUCGCAGGCACAGUUGUUUCGUUGCAGUGCGACUUUGCUUGACUCCUGAAGGGUAAGGCAGGCA